CCGACCUCCUCUUACCGGCUUCAUAAGUUGUGUACACAGGGUCAACCUUUUAAGUCGGUUGAGAUCCUCCUCAAAUCUUGAUAUGGAAUUAAGCAAUUGAUUCCCUAACAUUUAAUGUGGGCUUUGAAUUCUUUUAAUUGUACCUAUAAUUCCAACAGAUUAUCAUCAUCAUCAUCUCCGAAUAGAUAAUUUUAUGGCAAGCAUCUGUAAUAUGUGGAAAAAAAAUUAUGGUUCAGUUUGUGCGAAUAAAAUUCUUAGUAUAUCAAACUUGGCUACCAAAUUUACCAAUUCUAAAAUAUGUACCUUUUAACAAGUCGAACUAGGUUGAUAUAAUUUUGGUGUUCAAAAUAUUAAGCUAAUGACUCCAUAGUCCAUCCAAAGACCAGACAGCACACUUAUUAAUAGCCUAGUUCAUAUAUACUUUCAGUUUUGCCCAGCAAUGACGGUGACUAGCACCAACAAAGUGCUGACCUAAUAAACAAACAUCUUCAGGUCAUAUUCGAGUCUACGCCAUUAUUCAGGGGUAUAUUCUAAAAAUAGCUCUUAAAAAUUCCGUAGGUUUUGAACCACAACUCGUAAAAUAGUAUGCAUGCUUAACGUAUGGCCGACUCCACCUGUUCCAGUAGCAAGAUGACACGCUCAGUUAUUGCCCAAUCUUUGCAGGAAAUAGCUUAUUCCUUGACCCCGACGACUGACCCGAGCCGAGCCAAGAGCUAAGACCGACUCCUAGAGAGUCAAAGUCAACCAUGCUUCUGAGCUUCUUUCUGAUCGCUCCUCGCCGUGCCUGCUCGACUGCCGUGAAACUUCCAUCUCCAAAAUCAGCGGCCACACCGGCGCAACUCGCGAGGCCACAGCUCUUGUCCCCUGCCUGGCUGCCUCGCCUCGCCGCUAGCCUUUAAAGCCCAGCCGCUCGCCCGCCUGCCGCGUCUCACGCCGUGCGACCCCAAGUCCCAACCACCUCCACCGCUCGCGUCGUGUCCUACCUCGUGCAACGCCGCGCGCGCACUUGCCCGGCCGCGCGCCCCAGAGGAGAGCGCACCACCUGUGCGGCAACAGCGAUGGCCAAUGCCCCUCUCGCCGAGACGCUGCCGCAGGCGGGGGCGGCGGGCGGGCGCAAGGUGGUGAACGAGGUGUCCGGCUGGCUGCGUGUGCUGGACGACGGCACCGUCGACCGCACGUGGACCGGCCCGCCCGAGGCACUCCCGCUGAUGCAGCCCGUGCCGCCAUACGCCGCGCCCCGCGACGGGCACACGCUCCACGACCUGCCCGGGGAGCCUGGCUUCCGGGUCUACCUCCCCGAGGCCGGCGGCGGGCGCCUGCCGGUCAUCGUGCACCUCCACGGCGGCGGGUUCUGCGUCUCCCACCCGUCCUGGCUCAUGUACCACCACUUCUACUCGCGCCUCUCGUGCACCGUCCCCGCGGUUGUUGUCUCCGUCGAGCUCCCGCUCGCGCCCGAGCACCGCCUGCCCGCGCACGUCGAGACGGGCGUCGCCGCGCUCCGCCGGCUCCGCUCCAUCGCGCUGGCCGAGAACGGCGGCGCGCUCGAUGACCCGGCAGCCAAGCUCCUCCGUGAGGCCGCCGACGUCUCCCGUGUGUUCCUCAUCGGGGACAGCUCCGGCGCCAACCUCGUCCACUUCGUCGCCGCGCGAGUGAGCCAGCACGGCGCGGGCACCUGGGCGCCCCUCCGCGUCGCCGGCGGCAUCCCGAUCCAUCCGGGGUUCGUGCGCGCAACGAGGAGCCGGUCGGAGCUGGAGGUGAGGUCGGACUCCGUGUUCUUCACGCUGGACAUGCUGGACAUGCUGGACAAGUUCAACGCCAUGGCGCUGCCGGUCGGCGCCACCAAGGAGCACCCGUUCACGUGUCCCAUGGGGCCGCAGGCGCCGCCCCUCGAGUCCGUGCCGCUCCCGCCGAUGCUGGUGGCCGUCGGCGAGAACGACCUCGUCCGCGACAGGAACCUCGAGUACUGCGACGCGCUGCGCGCCGCCGGCAUGGAUGUGGAGGUGCUGCUCAGCCGCGGCAUGAGCCACGCAUUCUACCUCAAUAAGUUCGCCGUCGACAUGGACCCCAGCACAGGGGAGCGGACCCAGGAGCUGAUCGACGCCAUCACGAGCUUCGUCGCCCGCAACUGAACGCUGAAGCGCGAGAAUAUGUUUGUGCAUGCUUGUGGAUGUGCGCAAUUGAGGUCAACGUAUACGUGUCAUGGUCAUGUCUCCCCUGUACCAGUAACAUUUUGCUUGAGAUUGAGUCUGCUCGUGCAUUUUUAUUGAUGUCAAAAGUUCAAAUAAGCAACCAUAGGUUCAAUGA